UCAGAGGAGAGAGUUCGCUUCCCGCUGGCUCCGCCCAGCUCGCUCCCGGGGGGCGGGGCGAAGGCCGGGCUGGGAGAAGAAGCGGGUUGGCGGCUGUGCGCGAGCGCGGAAGAGAGCGGAGGGGCGGAUAGGCCGCCGCCGGCCGGGCUCGAGGGAGAAAAUGCAGGACCCCAACGCAGACACCGAGUGGAAUGACAUCUUACGCAAAAAGGGCAUCUUGCCUUCAAAGGAGAGUUUGAAAGAUCUGGAGAGGCAGGCGGAAGAGGAGGAGCAGCGGGCCCUUCAGCAGUCCAUCGUGAAAACUUAUGAAGACAUGACUUUGGAAGAACUGGAGGAUAAUGAAGACGAAUUUAAUGAGGAAGACGAACGUGCAGUUGCAAUGUACAGGCAGCAGAGACUGGCCGAGUGGAAAGCAACCCAACUGAAGAAUAAAUUUGGAGAAGUUUUGGAAAUCUCAGGAAAGGAUUAUGUUCAAGAAGUUACCAAAGCCGGUGAGGGCUUGUGGGUCAUCUUGCACCUUUACAGACAAGGGAUUCCCCUCUGUGCCCUGAUAAAUCAGCACUUUAGUGGACUUGCCAGGAAGUUUCCUGAUGUCAAAUUUAUCAAAGCCAUUGCAACCACCUGCAUACCCAACUAUCCUGAUAGGAAUCUCCCCACAAUAUUUGUGUACCUUGAAGGUGAUAUCAAGACUCAAUUUAUUGGACCUCUGGUGUUUGGUGGCAUGAACCUGACAAUGGAUGAGUUGGAGUGGAAAUUGUCUGAGUCUGGAGCAAUCAAGACAAGCCUGGAGGAAAACCCUAAGAAACCCAUAGAAGAUGUGCUGCUUUCGUCCGUGCUGUGCUCCGUCCCUGCCAGGAGGGGCAGUGAUUCCGAGGAUGACUAAGGCUGCGGCCCUGGUAACCUGAUGAGCUUUCUUGAUGUGACACAUCAUCUGAAUUUUUUUUUUAAAGGAACAAGUAGGAAUGUAUACUUUGGUUUUAGCCUUUUAUAAUUGUUUCAAAUCUCACAGAUCUCAGAAGUAAUCAUUUCUGGGAAUCCUUUUAAAUUUCUUGGAACUCUCUUUUUAAAUUAAUAAUAUUUCCUUAAGGAAAAAAUAAAAGCCAGAUAUUAGUA